CCCGAUGGGCCUACCAGAUUCGGUACUUGGAUAUCAAAUCCUGAAGCCAUUUUGCCAUGCGGAAUGCAUCGGUUCUGGAAUGGCUCUGAAAAUCUGGCCGAUGGCGGUUAACCGACUGCCAAAUCGAGUUUGAUAUCGGAUAGCUCCAGUCUGGUUCAUGUCUGCCGGCCAUGAACGAAUCAGUACUUGGCUGCAAUUACGGCCAAUUUGUUCUAGAAGGCAGGUGCUUCCGACGCGCCAGACAGCUGCCGUCACCGACGUCGUCCGUGCCAGAAUUCGCGGUUCCUUCCACCUACAUAUAUGUACAUACAUAGGUACAUACAUUGGUCGAGUCCCUCCGAGAUUUGUUCCGUUCCGUUUGAUUUUGCCUUUCUGCCCCUGCCGUUCAUACCAACACACACCAAACAUUGACUUUUCAUCAUCAGGACAACAUCCUUGGAAUUCCAACAGCCCAUCAUUCACACGUCCCCAGGCCAGCGACGAAUGCCGAAGAAGAACGCGAGACACAAUUGAGGCGUCUUCCAUGGCACAAACAUCGAUGAUCGCUACGACGUCCAAGGUUGGCACUCUUCGAGCCCUUCAGGGAAAGAAACACAGGCAAUCGCCAAUGGUUGCGUCGACCGAGCCUCCAUUCAGUUCUCGGCUUGGUGGAGGGCCUACGGGGGCCCACCGUCCCACACUUUGGCCGAAGACAUCCCAGCCCCAUGCACGUUAUGCUCCAGAAGCGUUCGCAGUGGUUCGUCCGUCUUCACCCCUCCACUCUUGAGCACUCCGUGUAAAUGGACGCACAGUGCACUCGGACAUGAUUCCUGGUUACCAUGGUUAGCUGCUACGCGAUUGGACCUCACCACAUGUGAAACUCCGUCCGUGUUCUUCGGCCCCGCAGCUUCUCAAUCAUGAGCGAGUCAGGCAAUGGACAACGAGUUCACGAUGGCACGACAACAACACAAGACGAACGA